AUGUUAUGUCUCUUUAUCUUCUAUGAGAAAACGAUCUCCUUCCUCUUCGACUUGACGGUGCGGCUUCUCCAUAAAUCUUCGUCUCCGAUUCGCUUCACUUUGCAAGCAUCUCUGAUCCAACUUCAACGGCGCGGCUUCUUCUAUGCGAACUCGCUCCGAUCUCAGAUUCCAAUUAUUUUUUGGAGUCGCUCCGAUGGUGUUUCAAGCGCGACGGAGAUGAUGAGAAGUCGGAGAGCAUCUUCACAAUUGCUCAUGGAUAACGAAGCUGAUGGUGUUUGUGGUUCUGUAAUGAAGAUUAAGGAGAUGAGACACCUUCUUCUGUGGAUUUUCUGGACGAAAAUCCUCCUCCUCAACCAAGGUCGAGUUCCAAGUGGCCAGUAG